AUGACUAGAGACGGGCUUAUCCAGUCGUCGAGAGAAAUUCGGUUUGCAACACGCUUUGUGCCCUGCGACCGAUGCACACGAGGAUCUGUGGCUGACGGCUUGGAGCUUAGCAUAGCUGCCAAUCAUGGCCGGCCAUUUCUAAAGCCUAACCCCUGCGUGGCCGAUGUCGCGCUCAAGCUUCAACGCCAGCGAGGCAUGCUCUUGAUGGACGGGGACCCUAAAAAGCCACCAAGCCGUUUGGCGUCUGGAGAGCCGGCGCCCAAGCUGGCAGAGGAAUCGAGUUCAGCACCGUUUCGAUUUAUCCAAACAGCGCCAUUGAGAGACUACCGUAACAACGGCAUGUUGAGAUACGGCGUCCACCAUCUCGGAGGCACGGCAGCCCUCCAGACCUGGCGCAUGUGCGAGCGAGCCUGCGUUACUUGUCGUCGUCAUAGCCACACGUGCCGCAGCCAUUCACUGGCGCUCGACAUGCCUAAACAGAAAGGUCGGUUGCAGUUUCCAGCUGCAAGAUGGACAGAUGAGGAUGCAGAACCGGGGCUGGGCAUGCGUGGACGAUGCAGACAGCAGCCGGGGGUGCUGGGCCGCAGAUUGCUUCCAAUCAGCAUCCCGGCCACUGGCUUGUCGUCCUUAUCUCAGGCCAACCAAGAUUGCCGGCCCGUCGCCCGAACCUUUAACGCUAUUGAUAGCGGCAGUACCCCAGAGGGUGCUACCAGCUUUGGCCCUACAGAGUUGACAUAG